UCUUCAUACUGAAUUAUAUUUUCCCAAUAUUUUCUCAACCCAAAUUAACACCCAUAUACACUUAGCUAAAGGAAGAAAAAACAGAGAGAGAUGGCUCAAGCUAUGGCUUCAAUGGCUGGAUUACGCGGCGCAUCACAAGCUGUAUUGGAAGGUAGUCUCCAGAUCAGCGGCUCAAACCGGCUUAGUGGGCCUACUACGAGCCGUGUUGCUGUCCCGAAAAUGGGCUUAAACAUCCGAGCUCAGCAAGUGUCAGCUGAGGCUGAGACUAGCCGCCGAGCUAUGUUGGGCUUCGUCGCAGCUGGUUUGGCUUCUGGUUCGUUUGUUAAGGCUGUUCUUGCUGAGGCCAGGCCCAUCGUUGUUGGCCCACCACCACCACUAUCCGGUGGUCUUCCCGGAACAGAAAACUCGGACCAAGCAAGAGACGGUACCUUGCCUUACACCAAGGACAGGUUCUACCUUCAACCUCUGCCUCCUACUGAGGCAGCCCAAAGAGCAAAAGUAUCCGCCUCUGAAAUCCUCAACGUGAAGCAAUUCAUCGACAGGAAGGCAUGGCCAUCUCUACAGAAUGACUUACGUCUUAGGGCAUCAUACCUUCGUUAUGACCUCAAGACUGUCAUCUCUGCUAAGCCUAAGGAUGAGAAGAAAUCACUCCAAGAACUCACUAGCAAGCUCUUCAGCAGUAUCGACAAUUUGGACCAUGCUGCAAAGAUAAAGAGCCCUACCGAGGCAGAGAAAUACUACGGUCAGACUGUAUCCAACAUCAAUGAAGUUCUUGCCAAGCUCGGUUAAUUGUAUAUUGCGCCUUGUAACCUUGUCUAUGAAACCAUGCUCUAUAUUAUGAGGAAACCCAUUUUGUAUGAAUGAAAAACCUUUUAAUUUA